AUUCGAUCGAGGGGAGACGUUCUGCACGAGUGAGACAGUUCUUCAUCCGAUGAUACUUUGAUUCAACAAGUCUCAGAUCAAGAAGAUAUACAACAGAUGGUGUUCUCGAAGGAUGUUCUUUGAUGCAAGUAAGAAAGAACUCCCAGUUGCCUCAGGAUAGCAGUAUAUGGAAGCCGCGGUGUCCCUUUCGCGUUUUUUCCAAGGCCCGAGAUAUCACCCUGGUGGCAUUUCAUGCCCUGAGACGAAAAACAAUAACACAAGCUUGUCGCGAACCACGAAAUAGCAAUCUCUCAACCAACUGAUCAUAUUUGGAAUUCGGUUUGUGGAAGAGCAGACCCUACAGAACU